UGAUAAACUUGCCUACAUGUAGGUAUGUGAUAGACGCAUACGAAAAUAGUCAAGAAAAAUAGUAAGUAAAUCAAAGUGAGUGAUAAAGGACAACAAGUGAAAAAAGUUAGUGUGAAAACCAGUGAGAAAGUUUAGUGAAUACCAAAAUAAUGUCGCUAAUAUGUAUCUACCGGACAGGACGCUGACCCUAUUCGAAGUUUAAGCAAAUAUUAAGGACUCGAACGUGUGUGUAGGCUUCGAUCACACUUGAUACUUUUAGUUUCGAAACUUUUUGUCUUCUGAGACUUGAGAAAAUACUUUAAACAUGGAUAAGUGUAAACAACACGAAUAGACCUUUUUCGUACAGUUUUUGACUGGUAAUUUUCAUAUUUUUUUCGCAACUAUGCGUUCUUCUUUAGCUUCAGGUUUUUGCCCUUAGAUUUCGUCUAUUGCGCGUAAAUAACACUUUCUCGCUGGAUUUGUCAGCUCAAUCCAAAAUCCUAGCAAGUGGCUAAAAACCUUCUAAUCAAUACGUCACGUAGUGUGCGUUUUUUUAAUACAAAACUGUCUGCCUCGUCCCAUCUUCAUUAAGUAUUUACUAUUUAUGUUUACAUAGAUACACUGCCCAAAAGAUUAUCUACUCGAGUGUUAGGGAAAAUUCCAUUAGAAGUCCGACCAGCAGCUUAGUUCUGCGCUUUCGAAGGAACACACAUUGUGAAUAGACUUUAUGACUUUAUGAGCGCUUUGGCUGUAGUGAUGGGUUGCAGCAAGUCCUCAGGGUGUACAGUGUAAUCGCUAGUGUGUCAGGUGUCAGGAGUUGAGUGGCGUCGGCGAUGACGCGGGGGGAGGGCGUGCCACCGCGCUUAUCAGGAGAUAAGGCGGCGGUUGAUACCGGAGUCGCAAACGGCGGCGAGGCCUCAUAGUGACCAGGCCGCUUGGAAGCCAGCGGCCGCCGCCCGUCAUGCUGCACUCUCUGAACGCACUCGCCGGCAAGAUAUCGCCGGGCGGCGGCCUCGACACGAACGCGAACCGACACUCGCACCCCAACAGGAACCACAAGUCCUCGUCGCCAUCAUCGCCGUACUCCAAGACGAAACGAGGUGCCUUCCUGGGACACGAACCCGAUACCUCAUGUGGGCUGAUGACGAUGAACAUAAACAACAACAACAACACGAGCAUCAACAACAACAACAAUGACGAAAAGCCUGACAUGCCGGACCCCGAUUAUAUAAAGAUGUUUGUCGGACAAGUGCCUAGAAGUAUGGACGAGAAUGACCUGCGGCUUAUGUUCGAGGAGUUUGGGAGGGUGCAUCAGAUCAACGUGCUUCGGGACAAGAUCACCGGCACGAGUAAAGGGUGCUGUUUUGUGACGUUUUUCACGCGCAAAGCGGCCUUGAAAGCGCAGGACGCUUUGCACAAUAUCAAAACAUUGAGCGGGAUGCACCAUCCAAUACAGAUGAAACCGGCUGACAGUGAAAACAGAAACGAACGCAAGCUUUUCGUCGGAAUGCUUAAUAAGAAGCUAUCAGAGAACGACGUGCGCGCGCUGUUCGCCGGGCACGGUGCUAUCGAGGAGUGCACCGUGCUACGGGACGCGCAGGGACAGAGCAAAGGGUGCGCUUUCGUCACCUUCGUGUCCAAGCAAGCUGCCAUUGCUGCCAUCAAGACGUUGCACCACAGUCAAACGAUGGAAGGAUGCUCAGCGCCUCUAGUAGUCAAGUUCGCCGAUACGCAGAAAGAGAAGGAGCAGAAGAAACUCCAAGCGAUGCAGGCGAGCCUUUGGGGGCUGAACACACCGGUCGCGCCGACAGCGUAUCUCGCGUCCGAAGCAGCGCUGUCGCCGGCGACGCAGUUGCAACUGCUGCAGCAAUUGCAUUCUGUCAACUUGCAACAGCAUCUGUUGCAGGGCCAAGGAUCUACGUUGCUUCAAGAUUAUUUCGCCUUAGGUGUUAACUAUCAGGAUAUCGGUUUCAAUGGCUCAGGGCUGACCGGGAGCGGGAUUGGAGGGGGGGCGGCGGACCAGCUCGGGGGGCUGUUGGCGCCGGUGAGCGUGCAGAACUUGGCAGCUUUGGCAGCCAUGACGCAGCCUGUGGUGACGCAGGCCACAGCAAUCGCACCCGCUUCUGCGCCGCAACCCGCUGCACCGCAACUAUGUCUUCUCGGGAAGACUAACAUCACAGGGUCUACGGCUGAGCCGCUGGGUUCGGGGUACGCGGCGCAGUUCGGCACGGCAUACGCGGCGGCGCCGCUGGGCUCCGUGCUCGGCUCGGCAGCCGCUGCGGCGGCGGGGAAGCAAGUUGAAGGUCCUGAAGGCGGUAAUCUGUUCAUCUACCACCUGCCGCAGGAGUUCACCGACACCGACCUCGCGUCCACGUUCCUGCCGUUCGGCCACGUGAUAUCGGCCAAAGUGUUCAUAGACAAACAGACGAACCUCUCAAAGUGCUUCGGUUUUGUCUCUUACGACAACGCGGCCUCCGCGCAGGCCGCCAUCCAAGCCAUGAACGGCUUUCAAAUAGGUACAAAGAGACUCAAAGUUCAAUUGAAACGUUCGAAAGAACUGUCGAGACCGUACUAGAAUACCAGAAUUACAAUAUUCCAGAACUCGUUCCUAGUGAAUUAUACAAAAAAAAAAAGAGAAAAACUAUUGCAGAGGUUAAAAGUUUUUGAACGUUUGUUGUGAUGUAUCCGGUGCACUUGAACUGAAUAGUCGAUAAGGUUCGUUCGAAAACGGAGUCCACGUGCACAGUUGUUAUCUAUAUAAGUAUAAAGGUUAAGGUUUGUGUCAAAGGAUUUAUCGUUUCCAAAGUAUUCCCCAAAUUUUCUUUAUUUAAUAUAUUAAUUAAUAGUAAAGUUAAAUAAUUAUUUUAACAGAUAAGUUUAGUCACUGUAAGCAUAAGUUGAUUGCGUUUAGGAACCGUUGCAAAUCAUAAAAUUAUUAUGAGCACCAAAGAGCUAAUAGCUAUACGCUUUUACUUUAUCAAUAAAAAAAAAAUUGUAAAGCAGGGACGUAGCCAGGUCAAUAUUGAGAGAUGGGUUGGGUCUGUAAUUUUAACAAACCCGUAUCAUAUGCAAAAUUUUGUUUCUAAAGUAAAAUGUAAAAGAAACAUUAUAAAAUAAUUUUAAAAAUUGUUGUAUAAUAAUGAUGAAAGUGAGCCGUCGUGGCUACGCCCACUGCGAAUAUUUUUUUGACAUCCAAAGCUUACCGUCAACUACCAUAUUAGUAUUUAGUAGAUUUAUAUACUGUUAUGUUCAUUGAGAAUAUUACUUUAAUAUAAUUUAAUUUCUACGUUUGUGUUACCACUUUGAAACAACCAAUGUGGCAAUGGUCAGUUACAAUUUUUAUUGCAUCUUUGUUUAAAAUUAUAAGGUGUUUAGAUUAAUAUAAUGAUCUCAAAGUGAUCAAUGUAUUUAUUAAUUACAUGUUGUCAAUAGUGUACUGUGUACUUAAUAUUUGUUUUUGUUGAUUACCGAGUAAAGUAACCAUUCUGUCUAACCCAAUAACAUGUCGAUCAAAUGAAAUUAUGUUUCCAAUAUUAUAUUCAAACUCAUAAGACCUUUGCCUGCUUUUCUCAAUACUUAAAGAAAAAACUGUCAACCAUAGACAAACAAUAUUAAAAAAGGUUUUUGUCAUUUAAACUCGGAGACAUGUAGCACAUCUCUGUUUAAACUAAAUAUAUUUGUAGAAAAAAAAAUUUGAAGCACAGACCACCACAUAUCAAUUAAGUACCUAUCCUGUUCGGAUAAAAUAACACAGAUGUUUCAAAAAUCAAUUACCUACUUUAUUUUUGUCAGAAUUUUUAGGCGCUCUUUAGAUAUUAUUCGUCUAUGGUUAACAUCGACUGAAAUAUGAUUCGAACUUUGAGACAUUUUUCUACUAUAUUUUUUUUAUUAAUACCCAUACUUACCUACUAACUUAUUUAUAAAACAUCGAACUUGACCCUUUAGUCAAAAUUUUUUGUUAGAAUUAAGUAUUUAAACAUAGAAUAAGUUUUUGUGUAAAAUCGACAUUCACUAUGCAAAUUGUUUUCAUCUUAGUCUAAAGGCCGAUGGCGUGUCGUGUGAUGGCGAGGCGUAAAGUUGUUAAGUAUCUACCUAAUAAAAUCUAAGAGUUUUAUGGCGUGACAUAUCCAAAUGUGAACCCGUGUUUUGGCAAUGCACUUUUCCAAAUCGACCAAAAAUUUACGCCUGAACACGCCAGCUGUGUAACGUUCGCCUUACAUUUUUAUUAGCUUUUCUUCUAUUUCUUGUGUCUUUUUAUAUUGUUAAACAUUUUUAGCUUUUUAAAGGUACUUUAUUAUGCUACACAUUACAUAUUAUAGACCAUUACUAUUUACGUCUAAUGAUUUCUUUUAUAAAUUAAGUAUUACUUAAUAUUUUAUUCCUUUUACUGUCAUAGUAAAAAAUACUUUAAUGUGAUUAUCAAAGAAUCGCUCAAUGGUGAUUAACUAUAUUCAUAUAAUUUACUUAAUUUAAAUGUUUCACUAAAAUUUUAUAAAUUAGUAAGAUUACCCCGAAGUAUUUAGUUCAUGUGCCAAUGCGUUUAAAAAAUCGAUCGAUACUGUGGAUUUUUAUUCUUAUUAGUUUUUUCUGAAAUAACCUAUCCUCGUAAUUGAAAUGGUCCUGAUCGACGAGUGAGCCAUAAGCUUGCGGUAAAGAUUACGGCAGUUUUACUCGCGGCUCAUCGUUUCUGACACAAUAUGUCAAUUGUCAUCAUCAACCCAUCUCUGGCUCACUGCUGAGCACAAAUCUCAUCUUAGUAUGAGAGGGCACUCCUGACACUCGAAUUAUCGGAUAACUAAGGACGUUUGUUUUCAAUCCAUCAAAUACGAAUCGUAAAAAUACGGAAUCGGUGCACACGUGUACGUACAUUUUUUACGAUGGCCACUUUGAAUCGUAUUUUUACGAAAAGCUCUCACGUCGAUCAAGACCAACCUAAUUUUUAUUUCCAAAAAAACUAUUUCGAUGUUUGUCUUAUUAAGAAUUUAGUUUAAUUUUAGUCAAUUUUUCAAUGUCUGCUGAAGACAAUAUCUAGACUGAAUAAGUUCCCGUAUAGAAUAAUAACAACUUUCAUAUAAUUUCAAUGUAAUUAAUUAUUGUCUUGUGAGAGUUCCAUGUAAAAAAUUCAAAAGGGGACUUUCCCUUACUUUGUUGUAAGUAAAUGAAUUGUUAUGGGGAUGUACUACUAAAAAUUCAAAUAAACAAAAUUAGAACAGCCACAUUUUUUCGUUUAAGGAUAAUUUUGUAUCCAAAUUUCACAAGGGGGUGUCGGAACCCCCUUGUGAAAUUGUUCCUGAUCAGUCAACCUUUGAAAGUUAACAGUGAUGAUAAAGGUCUUAGACAACCGUUAAAUUACAAAAUAAUAUAUAUCCAAAUGAUAGGAAAAAAUCUACAGAAAAUUAGUAAGGUUUAAAAUGGCUAGAACCCAGAACCGUACAAGCACCAGACAAUACCAACUUACAAAAAAAGAUGGCGAAUUUUUAUUUCUAAUUUUUUAUAGAAUAUUCCAUCCUGAUUUUGAGAGUUUAGAUUGAUACAUCAUGUCAUCUUCCCCAAAAGCUUUCUAAGUAAAACUAUUUGAAAUUUUAAAAAAAAUCUUGUGGUUGUUCUUUUUUUCUAGUUACCUACCUACUUAAACAAUCCUAGACACAACCAGUGUGAAUAGUCUGUUCAUAGUUGUGAUCUAAUUAAAGAGACAAAUUUUUGAAAUAAGGCGAUUUUUUUACCUAUUAAAUUAUUAACUCUAGGUAAAGACGAGACCUCAAUGUUGUAAUAUAAAAUCUAAUGUAACAUAAAUAGCUGGCUUUUAAAAAUGGAAUGUACAUAUAAAAUAUAGAAACGUUGCCUUCACACAUAAACACUAUAAAAGUAGAUAGAGAAAGCUAUUCAGUAUCAUAUUAACUCUAUUAUUAUGACAUAGUAUACUUUAGUUUACUAUAGUUUGCUUAAAAGAUAAACAAAUGGCUGAAACCUCGGAGAAAUACGUAAGCGACACGUUUUUCCCGGGGUUCUCACUCGUAUCAAGACGUCAUUGUCAGUCAGUUCGCGGCAUUUCAGAGAGAAGUUACUUGUUUUCCUUUUUAGUAAACUAAGGAAAACUAAAGUACCUACCUAUAGAAAAAGAAGCAUUUAUUGAGACAACAAAAAGAGACAGAUAUAGUUUGUGUGUUCUUACUUUGAUUGCGUGGCCGAUUAUAAAUGCACAUGGCACAGGUUUUAAAGCUCUGGUUCAAACAAUGCGUGGCGACAGCACUCCAAAGCGGCUAUAGGAAAUUGGAAUAUAAUAAAAGGAAAUCGUAUAAAGUGACGCACCAUUAUGUGACGUGCUUGCGUUCCUUUUGCAUGUAUUACAAAUCUAUAGAAACUAUUGCUGCAACCGACGCGCAGCGGGGAGGUCCCGGGUUCGAUGCAAGGCAGGGGCAGUUUGGGAAUUCAUUAUUCCUAAAUUGUCUCUGGUAUGGUUUGGUGGGAAGCUUCGGGCGUGCAUAGUUACCGUCCUACCGGCAAAGCCUUACCACCAAGUGAUUUAGCGUUCCAAUAUGAUGUCGCGUAGAAACCGAUCUAAUGAAACUGCCAUCCUUUAGACUGCAUCAUCACUUACCAUCAGGUGAGACAAGGCUAUAUAAGGAUAAGGUACAAGGGCUAACUUGUAUCGGAAUAAAAAAUAAAAUAACGCGUCUGUGCCGUCACGCGUUCAGUGUGAGAUUAUGCCGUGCAACUGCCAAAAUUUCAUUAUGUAACUAUUUUACCCGAGCUUAAAACUAACAAGAUAAGUACCACUUCAAACAAGCAACAUAGUUUCUCCGUCUAUCUUUUGAAAUAGCGUCUAUGUGUGUGGAUGACGUACCUAAGCAUCAAAAUUAAUUUAUUCUUCAAAAAAUGUUAAAAAUGUUAUUUUGGUGUCGACUGUAUCAAAUUAAAACUCUUUUUAAGGGGUACCCACUGGAAAUAUUUACGUCCGGGUUUAGAUACAAGAAAUUAGUCGUGUUUUUACAAUGUACCUACUUAUAGGUAUUUAGGUAUAUUUAUUUUGACUUUUUAAGAUAUUUACUUAAAUUAUUAUGUAUGACCUUUAACCUUGACUUCAAUAAAUUCAUUAUUAUCAUAAUUUUUCUUAUUUAAAGUUUAGUAAAUGUUCUGAAAACGCCGCGUUGACUAAAACCUCUUAAAUUACAUCGACGACAAAAUGUGAAUUGCAGAUUUUGGGUCGAAAAUGAAGACGACAACGCAUUUUAAUCAUCAAAAUAGAACGUUUUAAACAUUUAUGAAAAACGAGUUUAUACUAAAACUGGGCGAAUAUAUUUCCAAGUAGGUACCUACAGUGACCGACAAACAACUUAAGCUAAAGGCGGCGUAAUGACGGAAAGAUCGACCUAUCGCGGAUUCUCGCGCGGUAGAAAUCCCCUCGUGUCAACCUCGGUUCGCCAAAGAGGCCUAAAAAUCGACCUUUUAUAAGGAAAUCAGCUAUUCGCUUUACUCAAAUUUUUGCUGGUCACUAUAAAAGCUGAAACAAACAGAAAGCGCGAUGGAAAUGAAUCAACUUAAUAAUCAAAGCAUGCCAAGCGCAGCUCCUGGGAUAAUGGUUCCUAAUUGUACCAGUAGGUACAAUUAGGAACCAUAAUAUCAGCUUUCAAUGUCGGAAGGCGGCAGAGCAAUAGAGAUAGAUAGUGCUUACUAGACAAAUUAGCAACUUUUUAUUAAACAUCAAAACGCUGGCUACUAAGCCAUAAUAAUGGAAUAUUGUAUUGAAAUACAUAGACUUGACGACAUAAACAUUUUACCUACUUUUUUAGUUAAAUCGAUAAUUUCAAAUUGUUAGCAAACUUAAAACUAACAGCGGACGUAGAUUUUACGAAUUAUGGAAGAUUGUUUAAUAAGACACCAUUAAGACACUAAGAAAUUACUAAAUAUUUUUGACAUAGGCACUAUCCCAAUUGCCAUCGCGUCGUAUGUUUCAGGGUUAAAAGACAUUCAGCUGUUUCUCCAGAUAAAAACGCAGUGUUAUUUCGUUUGCUAGUAUAAUCCUUCAAAACUGCUAGAUUUCUUCUAGUUGUGAUUUGAAUCUUAAUGUAAUUAAAUUGAUUGAAAAUUGAUGAGCUUACGACAGUUACGACAAAAGUAAAAGAGCCUUAUAUUUUAUUUUUAAUCAAUGAAUCAAAUGCGACGGUGUGACAUUAGGUA